AUGUUUGAAGGUUACGGAGUUGAAAAGAAACCAUUACAUAUUGAAUGUAGCGGUAGGGCUGCGGGAUUAUGCGCCUUCCAGGGAAUGGUCUGGGCGGCCUUGGAGAAAAGGCAUAGAGGCUGGCAGGAUGUGCUCGACCUGCUGGAUAAUGAAUUGAGCGUCAGUUUGGACGAUAUACUGAAUACUUCUUUGCGAGAUGAACACAUCUUCAGUGACCCGUUUGAGCGAUCUAAGAUGUACUUCAGUGUGCUAGAGUUGUUGCGAGACAUUUCUGAAUGGAGGGCACAGACUUUCCGGGAUCUCAAAGUUUAUGAUGGCAUGUUUUAUGGGCCCAACAAAUUCACAGAAAUGAGUCCUUGUCUGGCUACGAACUGGAAAUCAUUGUCUCUCUAUGCCUCAGAGAUCGAAAAAGAGUUCCAAGCGCGCAUCUCUGAGAAACAUGACCAGAUUGGGGGCCUGCGGGACGGUCUUUUCAACGUCACUACAGUAAUGGAGGCUACAAGAUCGACAUCUUUGAGCCGACAAGUUAUCGUACUCACUAUAGUAACCGUCGUCUUACCUCCGAGCUUCGUGGCGACGGUUGUGGAUCCGUAG